CGGUACCGGCUGCCGACGGGGGACCGGUGCCCCGAGCCCCCCGUCGGUUGCUCCGCGGCUCUCCGCGCUUGGGGCUGGACACGCUCCCCUUUCGGAGGUGGAAAAAGUUUGUGCGGCGCGGAGCGGAGCGCGGCGGAGCGACGAAUGAAGAAAAUACAUCCUGUGAAGAGUAAAAGUACUUGAUUCUGGGAAGACUCUUGCAGCACUUCUAACUUCAAAGCUGGAGAAAAGCAUGAAGGAACUGUCCAUCUGACUCCCUCAGCAUCUCACACAGAUCACAAAAUGGCUCUUCAGAAAGAAACUGUUGUUGGUGUCUUGGAGGAGUGGUGUUUGGUGGAAAAACUGUUUGGUUGCAGGUGGCACCAGAAUGUUAGGAAAAAACUGCGACUGAUACGAAUUGUAGGGCUCCUUGUCAGUGUAGUGGCCAUUAGUACUUUCUCGCUUUCAAUGAGUGCCUUUUUCAAGAUGGAACCACAUAGCAUGGCGCUGGUCAGCAGCCUAGAUAGCCAAAAGCUGGUGCACAGGCACCAAAGAACUCUCUUGGAUUUCACAGAACAGAAUGAAAAUGGCACUCCAGAUCUACAUGCUUCUAUGAAAUAUGAAGCUGGGCACGACAAUGAAACAGAUGAUCAUGCAAAGGGAGAAUACCCCGAGGACCUUUUCUCUCUUGAGGAGAGAAGACAGGGAGCAGUCAUCCUCCAUAUAAUUGGAAUGAUUUACAUGUUUAUAGCCUUAGCCAUAGUCUGUGAUGAGUUCUUUGUUCCUUCCUUGACUGUCAUCACUGAAAAACUGGCCAUUUCUGAUGAUGUGGCAGGGGCAACCUUCAUGGCUGCUGGUGGGUCAGCCCCAGAGCUCUUCACUUCUUUGAUAGGAGUGUUUAUAUCCCACAGCAACGUUGGCAUUGGUACAAUAGUGGGAUCUGCUGUGUUCAAUAUCCUAUUUGUUAUUGGAAUGUGUGCUUUAUUUUCUAAAGAGAUCUUGAACCUCACUUGGUGGCCACUCUUUCGAGAUAUGUCCUUUUACAUCAUUGACUUGAUCUUGCUAAUCAUCUUUUUUCUGGAUAACUCCAUAAUGUGGUGGGAAAGCAUAACACUCCUGACAGCAUAUUUUUCCUAUGUGACAUUUAUGAAGUUCAAUGUCCAAGUAGAAGAAUUGGUGAAGAAAUUUUUAAACAGGAACAAGGUUGAGAAGGUAACAACAGAUGCUGAAGGAAAGUCACCUAAUGCUGGAGACAAGGAUGACCAAACACUGACGACCAAGCCACGUCUCCAGCGGGGAGGAAGUUCUGCAUCUCUCCACAACAGUCUAAUGAGGAACAGCAUUUUCCAGCUCAUGAUUCACACACUUGACCCACUUGCUGAAGAGCUUGGAUCAUAUGGAAACCUAAAAUAUUAUGACACAAUGACUGAAGAAGGAAAGUUCAAGGAAAGGGCCUCAAUUCUGCAUAAGAUUGCGAAAAAGAAGUGCCAGGUGGAAGACAGUGAAAGGCAGAAUGGAGCUGCUAAUCAUGAGAAAGGUGCAAAAGUGGAAGUUGCAGUAACACCACCAAGUGAUUCGGGACCAGUGCAGAAUGGAAUUGCCCAUAAUGUUGAAGAGAAUGAAGAGGAUGAGGAGGAACAGCCUCUCAGCCUGGCCUGGCCUGAAACCCCACGCAAGCAGCUCACUUAUCUUCUUGUGUUACCCAUUGUUUUCCCACUGUGGGCUACCCUGCCAGAUGUCAGAAAACCUACAUCAAGAAAAUUUUUUCCUAUCACGUUUUUUGGCUCUAUCAGCUGGAUUGCCUUCUUUUCUUACUUGAUGGUCUGGUGGGCACACCAGGUUGGAGAAACCAUUGGUAUUACUGAAGAAAUCAUGGGAUUGACUAUUCUAGCUGCUGGCACAUCCAUUCCUGACCUUAUUACCAGUGUCAUUGUAGCACGCAAAGGUCUGGGAGACAUGGCUGUAUCCAGUUCUGUUGGAAGCAACAUAUUUGACAUCACAGUGGGCCUUCCUCUUCCAUGGCUCUUUUAUGCUGUGGUUAACAGCUUUGCCCCGGUGACAGUCAGCAGCAAUGGUCUGUUCUGUGCGAUUGUCCUCCUCUUCAUCAUGCUGCUCUUUGUCAUCCUCUCCAUUGCUUCCUGCAAGUGGAGGAUGAAUAAAAUCCUGGGUUUCCUCAUGUUCGGGCUUUACUUUGUGUUCCUGAUUGUCAGUGUCCUUCUGGAGGACAAAGUGAUCCAGUGUCCUGUCUCCAUCUAGUGGAAAGUGCUGUUUCUCGACAAAAAAACAGGAAAAAACCAAAACCAAAAAAAUAUGUCAAAUCAAAACAGCAAAAACAAAACCACAGUGAAAAACUUCAGUGGGAAUAACCCAUGGAUCUGUAAAUUUCCUCUUCCUCAAUUUUAAAAGAGUGAAAGAAAGAAAAGGAUACAAAGGGUCAAUCUCAGAGAAGAAGAAUGGCUGCUGCUGGACAGUGCAGUUACACCUGAAGGGCUGAGUCCAGGUGCACCGAGGGUUUCUCUGCUGCAGAACAUUCCCGCUGCUCAGUACUGGACAUGCUACGUACGCACGGCAACAGUGAAAGUUACUGCUUCUCCUCUGUCUAUGGUACAUGCCUGCAGACCUCCCCUUCUCCGUAGUAGUAUACACAGACACACAGUGUGCUCAGUUCUUAAAGCUCUCCUUUUCUAAGGGGAAUGCUAAUAUUAACUUCGUGGAGGCACCACACCCCACACACCCUGGUACAGGAUUUUAACGACAAUCUGCUGAAACUCCUGAGUGGAAAGCAUACACCAAGUGAUGAGUCACAAACAGGGAAGGGCUUGUAUGUCCCUUCAUGUAAGUGGAUUUAUAUGAUGUGAUUUCAGCAAAGCCAGGGAAUUAAUCAGUGUUUUGAUCAUCUGCAUCACAGAUUGGUAAAGGCAAUCAGCAGGAUGUUAAUGGUGUUUUUUUAACAUCUUGCAAAACUCUUCAGGUUCCAGAAACUCUUGUCUCCGGCACUGAAGGAGCCAUGAUGCCUGACCAUUUUGUAACUGGUGCAGAUUUUCAUUGCAUUCUCAUGCAAAGACCAGAAUGGGGAUAAUCUUUCUUCUCUACUAGCAACGCAGCAUGCAGUGACACCAUACAGCUAUGUGGACACACCAUUUUUUCUGAUGCAGCAAUAUCAACAGUACCUAUGGCUUUCAGAUGCUGUUAUGAUUAUGAGUUUGCCUUUUCAUGCCAGAAUAAAAAGGCUAAUUUGGUUAUGCAUAGUAUUUCAUGCAGAAAAUAGAAGUAGUUAUAAAGUGGCAGCCUAAUUGCUAAGUGAAUAUAUACCUUAUAGUCUUUCACUAUUACUAGGAGUGUAAGGACCUUCACAGCUACAUAUAGUUAUUGCUGGAAGAGAUCUCCAGCUGUUGUAUAAAGCUGGGGCAGUUCACAUUUGCUGUUAUAAAUCUUGAAACUAGGUAGGAGAAACACAAUUUAAAUACAGUGGCGCUGCAGGAAAUUUACAUGAAAAUUCUUCAGUAUUGCUGGAAGUGUGCAUGUCUAAAGAAAUUCAGGAAGGAGUGAAAAUGCAACAUCCUUUUUCUGCAAAACUGAGAGAAAAAAACAACCAACCAACCAACCAACCAAACAACAACAACAAAAAAAACAACGGGGGGAAAAAAAAAAAGAAGAAGGGAGAAAGCAAUCAACAUUAAUCUUUCUGUAGUUUGGCUGAUUUUUAAAAAAAUGAGAGGACUGGAAUAAAUGUUAAGAAAUUAUUUCAGAUAAUCAUAAUUUGUUUUUUCAAGUUUUUUGUGCAAUUAAGAGUUCAUGAAGUUUCAGUGCAUUUCUGUGACCUGUUUCAGCAUUGUUUUAUAUGUGUAUUGUGCUCACAAUGGCAAUGCCAUGUUCACAUCUGUCUAACAGAAGGCUCAGCACAUUUUGUCUUGUCUGUUUUUCUCUGCUCCACACUGUUUGUUUCUCAUUCCGCCCCUUUGUCCUUUACUUUUUUCCUGUUAUAUGUGUUUGUAUGUAACAGUAUAUGAUUAGAAAGUAAGGACUUGACAGAAAACAAUGGUAGAGAAAACAGCACAAAAUUAGUAUUAGGAAUAUUAAUAUUAUGUGAUAUCAUGAAGAAAAAAGUGAGAUGUUAAUGAAAAAAAAAUGAAGGAUACUAGGAGUUGCAAUGUCUGCUACUCAUAUAUUAAAUCCUAGCUACAUGCAGAAUCAGUGUUUGAUCUUCACCAUACAACAAGCAACAUCUCUUACUUCUUAGUGCUUUUUAGAGUGAGCUUCUCACAUUGAGAGCAGAAACUUGUCUUUGUAUUCAAGAUCCUCCACUGGUGCAGAAUCCUUACUACUUAGGAUAGUGCUGCCCGUCUCUUUAACAAUUGUUCCCUUGGAUGUACGCGAUGGAAAUGUGGGUGUAUUUACAUCACUGUGGUGCCCUCUACUGACAGAAGAGCAACCUAAAACAAAUUUAUAACCCAAAUUCUGACCUCAACUGAAACACGUAUCCCAAAAUAUAGAGCUGACUCUACAGUACUAUCUGUUCCAGAGGAGUCACCAAAUACUUUUCUUUCUGAUGACAGUGCUCAAAAUAGGAAAUCGUUUCCCAAGUAUGCAGAAUCAGACAUAGGGGUGAUCUAAAGGAAGCACUGUGUUUGUGGGCACUUAAAAAAUACUGUAGUGCCCAGAUUCACUGAUCUGACAUUUCAAAUCAAGAAACCAGACCAGAGUCUGAUCUCUCUUUAGUACACUAGUCCUUUUUUUUUUUUUUUUUUUUUUUUUUUUUCUUCCUAAACUUCAUGCAAUCAUGGUGUAACAACUCCCACACUGGAAACGGAAAAUUCCUAGCUGACCUUCAGAGCUCUAAGAGCACUCUGGUGCACUCAGGGCAUCAGCACCAGAGACUGCUGCCCCACUCAGGGCAGGUAAGGAGUAGAGAGUAACCAGCAUCAACAGCUUAUAGGAAGACCUUUAUGUAUACCAUUAAGGACUGGUAUCCUGUAAUGGCAUUUCUAUACUACCUUAAAAUGUGUCUAAUUUCUUUCCCAUGUCUGUUUUUCCCUAUCACAUAUUUAUCUUGGAAGGCAUUAAAAAUAACUUUUUCUCCUCCGGAAUAAAACUCCUCAUGGCUCCCACUGCCUUGUUUUUGUUGGACAGUUCAUUUUUCAAAUGGCUGAAUAACUCUGCCAGUGGUACCUCAGAUCCAGAGGUGAUAGGACAGAUUUCAAUUGUGUGGUGCUUUCUGUGAAGGCUGUCUGUGAAUGAUGUUUAUAUUUGCCAAGGCACCUUUCUAUUUCUGGGGUAAACCAUUUGUGGAUUCUUAGAUGCUGAUUUGCUCUUUGAUUAAGAGACAACAGCUCUCCUGGCUGGUAGAGGAAAAGAGAAGUGGGAUGGAGGGAGAGCCCUAGUCCCUUAUCCUGUACAUAAGGAAUUCAGUCUUUAACCGGAAUACUGAGAGAACAAUCAAAAGCUACUCUAACACAGUGACUGUACGUCAGUGAGUUGUCCAGGUUCAAUGCUGCCAGAAAUGCACACACUUACUGCAACACUCCUAUUUUACAAUCUCAGCAAAUUUCCCAGCAUAAAGUGUUUCUCAUUGUUCAUAAUUAUUUCAGUGUGGGAUCAUGAACUCUUCUAAACAUUGCAUACCUAGAAGCCAAAGUUCAGUUUCUAGUUUCUUCAGCUAAAGUUCUGAAUGACUUCACUAGGGAUAUGGUCCUCAACACUGCCCAAAUUCUGCAGUGAAGUGCUUGGGUGUUGAAGCCUCUACCACCUGCCUUCAUGCCUGUGCCCAUUUACUCAAUUGAUACUGCUGUCUGCAUAAUCCUUAUGAAGUAUAAAUGAGUAAUUAAUAGAAAAUUUGGCAUUAUGACAAAGAUCCUGUUCUAGUUCAGCACUUUCAGCACCAGCUUGGUAACGCAGCAAGUAAGAUAAGAAUGCAACUUCAGAUUAAAUAAUCAACCCUCUGUGCCACCAUCAUCUCUGAAUGGAAUAAAUGUUGAACACAAUUUUUGGAAGGGAUCUCUGGUAGCAUUUGAAGAGGAUCAUGGUUCAGAUUGUAGCCAGUUUUAAAGAUUUUCUGCACUAACUUCAUUGCAAUUAAAUAUGAGCAUGGGCCCCAUUGGUACAAAAUACCAUUGGAGUUCUUCAGCUAUUCCCUCUGCAGAAGCCACCCUGGUCACAACUUGGUAAAAGCUAUAAAAGUGUGAUUAAAAGUGUGGUGUGAAGAUUCUCUCCUUAAGAACUACAUGUAGACAUGGAAAAAUCUUUCAGCAAAGCUCGAUGUAUUUUAAAUUUACAAUUUUACCGAAAGCUAGUGCUUUCUUAUAGUGCAGACAGACUCUUUUGUCUGUAUGCUUCUGCUUAUGUAUCCAGUUGAUGUGGCUGACUGCAUAAACUUCAUGAAGCAUAAAGCACAGUGGGUGACAAGCAAUCUUAUCUAGGUGUCAUUUGUUUGUAAUGACAAUGAACCUACCAUAUGAUUUCCACAUAUACUACUCUGAAGUAGUUUAUGGUCACUGUCACUCAUGGUACUGUUGUGUGUGGAUAUGAAGGUCCACAAAGUGUUAAGUUAAAUAUGUAGUUAAUCCAAGUACUGUGAAAAAAAUAGAUGCUUAGAAAUAUUAUUAAUAUUUGGGUGUUUUUUAAGGGAUUAUUUCUCUGGUUGUCUUUUACUUCAUUACAUACUUUGCAAAAAAAGGGGAUAUUCAGUGUUUUUAAUUAUUAUUCUUUCAGCUGUAAUUCCUUAAAAUAGCAUCUUGUGGUCCAUAUAACUUAUGUUUUGAGUCAAAUAUGAGUCUGUAUCAGAUGGUUUUCUUUAUUUAUGGAAAUAAUCCCUUCUCUAAGAACUGGCUCAAGGAAAUACAGAAGAAUUCUGCCAUUAACCUGGACAAGAUAGAGACUUUUAUCUUAGCUUCCCGUAUUUCAUAAAUGCAGUUACAUAACGAACCUAAUUGUCCUGGGAGCUAUGUACAAGGAGAUAAAUUACAUUCACUUGUAUUCUUGGAAACAAUUUUACCUCUUGUAAAUAACAAUGACACUCAGAAAGAGGUGUGGUUUGAGCAGAUGAUUCUUUUUUUUUAUGCUAUUCCUGGAAAGUUAAAUUGAAGAAUUUGCACCUGGAAAAAUAUUUGCCGAAAGUGAUUUUGAGAUUAUCAAAUGGAAUAGUUUGCACUCAGUGGUGUGGAGAAGAAUCAAUCCUGCUCCAGUCCUCCAACAGCCAUGGGUUUUAUUCCUGGUUGAUGUUAAAAUUAUCCUUCUUGGGUCUGUUGCUAUCAGUUACAGAAAUAUCGGUAUUGAGAUAUCCAUCAUUUCCAUUGGAACUGGGGAGAGUCACUUCCAAUCUGAAGUUCUGCAGUUCAGUGCACCCAUCAAAUACAACAGUCACAUAUGGCUCACAGCCUUGUAGUUAGACAGGCCAUCCAGCGGGUUUGCAGUGUGUUGCUAGGCGUCGGUGAGCAGCAUCCCAGAACUUGUCUCCCUGGAUGGGUGCAGACAGUUUGAGCCUUCCCCUGCCCAUUCUCCUGCCUGACCAGAUGCAAGCUGUGUCAUUCCAGAAGUCAUGUUGUCACAUUAACAUGGUCAGCCCCAGACUAGAAGCCAUGUCAUCUCUUGGAGUGUGGGUAGACCAGAUACACAACUGGCCAUAUCAUUCCUACAGGAGCCAUAAGUGAAACAGCCCAGGACAAGACUGAGUAAUUCAAGAUUGGUAAAUGAACUGUACAUUCAUGUAGAUUUACUGUAAAUUCACCACUCAUCAAACACAAAAUCAUCCCCAACAAUGAAAUUUGUACACAUUUUUAAAGAUGGUGCACUUUACUAUUUUAUUUUUAUUUUAUGUCACAUAGUUGUCUUAAUGCAAGAAGAAGCCAUAAAAACCCAGAAGACUAGUAUGGGGUUUCUAAGUAAGGGGAUCAUUAAUUUUAAAGUAAAGAAUCAAUUCCAUGUCUCUGUUUAAGGUAAAUGUCAAAUACUGACAAAUAAAUAUUCAGUAAAGCAGGAUCUGGUUUUGCCUUAGUGAUGCUGUAAGUCAAGGUAGUUUGCUCCCCAUAACUCGAGUUUUCCUGUGGGGCUGUACAAAAUGCUGCACACUACCUUUGCAGUAGGGACUCAAGCCAACUUACCCUUGUUCACCCCAGAAGGAAUAAAAUGCUUGCAGAGUCAGGCCCAAUGAAGCAAUUAAAUCAUCAGCUGCUCUGAUGUUUUCUCCCACUAAGAUCACAGUAAAGGAAGUUCCUUAUGUUUUACUAAGUUUGUAAGAGAUGAGUUACUUCUGUCAGUUUUUCAAAAAGUUUUCAGGGUCAGGUUACCCAACAGAAAUCAAUAAUUUAUUUUAAUCCCUUAUCAAAAUUAAGUAAUGCCAAAGGAUUUCACUUGGUUUGGUGUUCAUUUCCAUUACUGAGAUCUCUGUUGCGGUUUUAAUUUUGCAGUCCUGACUCUGGGGAGUUGACAUACAUGAAUUAAAAUUAUUUCUGUCACUUAAGAUGGCAAGAUCAGGACAUGGUAUUGUGAUGUGAAAAUAGUAGUGUGUUAUAACUGACAAUCAGAUGCUAUUUUUGUAAUAGAGCGUUUUUAGCAUGUUUGUUUCACUUUGUAAUUUUCAUACUCUUAUCAUUCCCCAUUUUCAGCGUGUUGUAAGAAAAAUCUGGAGUCUCCCAUCUUCACUCAUUUCAAACUUUAAAAGUAAAAAUGCAUUGCCAUGUAUUUUUUUAUUUUUCAAGUCCAGGCAACCCCCUGAAAAUUCCAGUUUUUCUCAUGUGUUAAGUGUAUGGAUCAUUAUUCACUAGAUGAAACUCUUGUACCUCUGAAUCAGUGUAUUCUCUGUGAACAUAAGUUUGUAUAUAGUAUGAAAGUUACGUUUAUUUGUACAUAGGCUCUUCGAAAUAAUCCCUUCUAUCAAGGUUCUACUUCACUGUCUACAGAAUGCGGUGUGUACACUAUCUCACCUUAUCAUAUUAAUACAGUUCUUCAUAUAAAUCACUUAAUGUAACUGAGUUGUCUAAGUGUGAAUAACAAUAACAAUAAAUACUAAUAAAAA